UUCCGCCGCGGGGCGGCCGGGGCCUAUGUACAAAUGGCUGCUGGGGGCCCUCGGCGCCCUCUUCGCCGCCGCCCGCCGCCCCGCGCCGCCCCCGGCCUCGCCGUCCCGCAAGAGGCCGUUCCCCAGUGUUCAAUCACCUAGGAAGGAUCCUGAGGAGCCUAAAUGCAAAAAGCAAAGAUUAGAGUCCACCUCAUCCUGGUGUAAAAAGAAAGCUAAAGAAGUUUCUGCUGGGGUGAAGUUGCCAGCCAAGGCAACAGGAAACAUCCAGAAGCUCAGCAAUGCCACCCCAAUCACCACCCCUGCAGAAGAGACUCAGCCCAUUUCUUUUGACCCUUCACCUGGAAGACCAACAGGUUCUGCCUUAGAAGCAGAAAUGCUACGAGUUGAUACACCUUUUGGAACCAAUACUUGCUUGACUAAGGACAGACUAUCCCUUCCUCACAAGACAAUUCCAUGUCUGAGCAAAAGCAGGAGUGGUAAACACUACAUCAGACCUGGUCCAGACAGCAUCUUGACACCAAGGCCACCCAUCAAGGACUCCUCUGAGGCACCAUCCUCCACCUCAGAAGCUGGCAAAGCGGGGAGGUUUUUCUGCACUGCAGAAGAGGAUGUUUGGAGAGAAGAAAAGAUGAAGUACCAACAGCUCCUGGAAACAGUGAAGGAAAAAUUCCCUGGAAGUCGCUUGAAUUCAGUGCCAUCCCAUUUCCACAAAGGCUGUGUGGUUUUAAUGCUAAUCCUCUCCAAAUGGGGACAGUCACUCUCUGGAGUGGCCUGUAGAAGGUGCUACACAGCAGCAGCAAACUCUCAAGAACAGGGAAGACCAGUGAAACAGGCAGUUGCAGGAAAACAGCAUGGAGCUAGAAUCUCCAAAGAAGAAUUACUACAGCAUCUGGUUCCUCUUCUGGCCAAAAAACCACCUGCCCUUGAUGGGAAAGAAAAGAAAGGCCUGAGCUCAGAAAAACCAGGAGAAAACUUCCCUCCCCUCACAGAGGCCAUGAAGAGAGAGGUCAGUGCUGCAUUAGGCCAAGGAGAUCCAGAAGAGAUCCUGAGCAGUGCCUUCAGACUGAAAGUCACUCGUGAAGACCUCCAGACACUGAGCAACCUGUGCUGGCUGAAUGAUGAGGUCAUUAAUUUCUACAUGAAUCUCCUGAUGGAAAGAAACAGAAAAGAAGGAUAUCCAUCAGUCCAUGUGUUUAGUACCUUCUUUUAUCCCAAACUGCUUUCUGGGGGGCACAAAGCAGUUGGGAGGUGGACCAGAAAAGUGGAUCUUUUCAAGCAGGACCUCAUCAUUGUACCCAUUCACUUGAGAGCACACUGGGCACUAGGGGUCAUAGAUGUCAGAAAGAAGAACAUCAAAUACUUUGACUCACUGGGACAAAGUGGGGACAAGAUUUGUGACACUUUGUUCCAGUACCUGCAAGAAGAAAGCUGGGUGAGAAGACAUCUGGAGCUGACUCGUUCAGAGUGGACCCUUCACAGCAUGGAGCCACAUGAAAUCCCUCAGCAAGACAAUGGAAGUGACUGUGGAGUGUUUAUGUGCAAAUAUGCAGAUUAUAUCUCCAGAGACAAGCAGAUCAACUUUACACAGAGCCACAUGCCGUACUUCCGCAUCAGGAUGGCAUGGGAAAUAAUCCAUCAGCAGCUGCUGUGAGAAAGGCACUAUUGGAGCAACACUGUGAUCACCUCAGGGUGACUUAAAAUUUAGUUACUCUUCUAAUUAUCUUACCUGAGCAGGCAGCAGGAGCACAGACUUGCCCAUCUUUUCAUAUUGAAGAAAGGCCGUGUGGUUGGGGUUGGUUUUCUUUGGGUUCUUUCUGUUUCCAGGGAGUUAUUUAAUGUGAAAAUAGAAGUAUUUAUUUAUUUUUCUUAAAAUAAAGAUGUAAGUUAUAUGAAGAGCCUUAUGGUA